CCGGUGCCUGCGCAAAAGGACAACUCUUUUUCUUUUUGUAUAAUUAAGGAAUCUGAACGCGAACCAGAGAAACAUCCGUAGCAUAUACUAGUACUGCCUACUGUAUGUAUGUAUAUAUAUAUGUAUAUAUAUAUACAUAUAUAUAUGUAUAUGUAGUCUGGGGGACUCCGGCUGCCUUUCGAAAUUCACAGAGGAUAAAGUUGCCUUGAUACGCCGGAGACGGGCACGUAUCAACGUCUGCUGUCUUAACAGAUUGUUGGGCUUCUCUCUCCGGCUUUAAAAACCCAAAUCCCCCCAAAAACCCAACACAACAACAGCAGCAACAACAGCGAAGCGGCAGCGGAGAGACUCUGACUUUAUCCGAUGCGGUUCGGUGCGUAAUACCGCGUCCGGCAGCGCGCUCGCGUCGCGGACCUUUGAUGGUUAGCAAAGCCGCCGCCAGUCCGCCGAAGCGCUCCUCUCCACGACGGGACCCGACCGACUGGAUUACCCACUUAGUCGACGCCGGCUCCCCGCCAAGCAUUAAGCCGAUGAUCGGCCACACGUAUCGGUUAUGACAGCCGCCUCGCUGACCCGCCGCUCCGCGUGAGAGGGUCCCCCGUAGUUCUCGCGCGCGCGCGCCCCGUCUGAGUAAACUUUGUAAUGUUUGGUCGGGAACCGGAGCAAAGCGUCGCUAUAGACCCGGUCCCGUCGCCGUCAGACACUCGCGGUUUCAGGCUGAUACGCUCCGCGUAGAUCACACAGCACACCCCCCCCAGUCACCGGGCUUUCUGGUUCCUGCCAGACUGCGAGGCGGGUUUUCUUUUUCUCGCGCUAGCUUAUUACCGCCGCGUCUAGUACGGCACGAGCUGAGCGCACAUCCUUAUGCUCACCCGCUGGACUUGACUGUGACGGUCGAGAAGGGAAGAGAGGGGGGGAGAAAAACCACCACACCAAAAAAAAAAAACACACCGCUCUCUCUCCUCCCAACAAAAAGAAAAAAAGAAAAGAGCCCCGCGCGUGUGAUAGCCUACCUGCAAGCCGAGUGAAGUGGAUCUGACCCACGCUGUUGUGAUGCAUAUCCCUGUAGACCCGACUACUACCAGACGGUUCACGCCGCCCUCCACGUCCUUCCCCUGCAGCAAGAUUGGAGACGGCAACGGGACCAUGGCCACCGCGGGGCCGCUCAGGCCACGGCCGGACACCAGGAAUGUAGUGGACGUGUUGGCGGACCACGCCGGAGAGCUGGUCCGGACUGACAGCCCCAACUUUCUCUGCUCCGUGCUCCCCUCACACUGGAGGUGCAACAAGACGCUCCCCGUGGCUUUUAAGGUUGUGGCGCUUGGUGACGUGCCGGACGGGACUCUGGUCACGGUGAUGGCCGGCAACGACGAGAACUACUCGGCCGAGCUGCGGAACGCGUCCGCCGUCAUGAAGAACCAGGUCGCGCGCUUCAAUGACCUGCGCUUCGUUGGCCGCAGCGGAAGAGGGAAGAGCUUCACCCUGACCAUCACGGUGUUCACCGGCCCUCCCCAAGUGGCCACCUACCACCGCGCCAUCAAAGUCACCGUAGAUGGACCCCGCGAACCACGCAGGCACAGGGUGAAGAUAGAGGAUUCCCAGAAGCUGCAGUUUUCUGAUCGGCUGUCAGAGAUUGAGCGCUACCAGCGGAGUAUGAGGAUAGGUCCGGUCAACAACAACCCCCGUCCCAUCCACCAGAGCCACCUCGGCACCACACAAGGACCUCUGUGGCCAGAGCAGAUGGACUCUCCCUCCCUGAAGACAUGCAAGGUGGAGGAGGACCUGAGAGCAUGGCCAGGGACUACGGAUCUGUUCAACCAGAGGACCACCUUCCCGUCUCUGUCCCCGCUGACUGACCCUCGCUUCUCAGACCCCCGCAUGCACUACCCCGGGGCCUUCACCUACUCCGCCAACUCCUCCACCACCGGCAUCGGCGGCCUCAGCAUGUCGGCGUCAUCCCGGUACCACACCUAUCUGCCGCCGCCGUACUCCAGCAACCAGUCCCAGAACUUCCAGUCCAACUCCUACUUGUAUUACGGCACGGGCUCCGGGUCGUACCAGUUCUCCAUGGUGGCACCGGGGAACACCGGGGGCGAGCGCUCCCCCACCCGCCUGCUGUCCUGUUCGGGAGCCACGGGCGCCGGAGGGGCCAACAGCCUGAUGAACCCAGGCCUGAACAACCAGAGUGAGGGGGUGGAAGCGGACGGCAGCCACAGCAACUCCCCCACGGCCAUGAGCGCCUCGGGCCGCAUGGAUGAGUCUGUCUGGAGGCCCUAUUGACUGACAGGCAGCUAGACGGAGAGAGGGUGCGGGAGAAGUGAGAGAGGAAAAUGUAAAGAAGAUGAGGCACAAAGUAAACCCCCCGCCCAAAAAAAAAAACAAAGAAAAAGAAGAAAAACAACCCAAAACAAAAUGCUGCAUGUUUGUCUUUUAUUUCUCCGGCACUCGCUUUAAAGCCUUUCUGCAUUUUACCGACUGACUGCCAGACUUCCAUGUGUUGUUGUUGUUUUUUUUUUUUUUUAAGUUUUCAGUGAACUCCUGCACUGUGCAAGGAAAAAAAUAGGUACUCUUAAAGGACUAUGAAAGCCAUAUAGGUCGAGAUGAUGUUUUAGCUGAAAUUGUACAUAGAAGUGAUGUUAUAACCAGAGAAGCCAUAGUAAUAUAUCAGGAUUUGUCCGGUACACAAACAGGAACAUUUACCAAAGACACUCUCUGGGAAACACAACAACCGGGUACCUUCAGCCCGUACAGCUGACGGGCAACGGAUGAAACGGUAACGCAGCCCUAACAGUCGAUCAAGGAAAGCGAAGCGGCUUGGCGACGGGGGGCGGACGGACUGCUGCGCCUUUGCUCCGGGAUCGUCCCUUACACGCGGCGUCUGUACCGGGCCUGUGCAAGAUGACCCGUUUUCACUUUUUAUCUUUGGGAGUUUUUGAUAAAACGAGCUAUUCCAUCCUCAGUUGUGAGAAGAACAACAAGAUCCUCAAUUGCAUUCGGGACUUUUUCGGGUCCCCUCGGUACUUACAGUAUACAUUACCUUCGAAACUUAAUUUAUUAUGCAAGAAAAAAAAAAAGACAACCCGGGCUUUUAAUGCGAUGGUAUGCAAUUGACAUUUGGAAGAGACCUUCUUCAUUCAGUGACUUUUUUUUUUAUUUUUUAUUUGUGAUCAACAUUUUGAGCAGCGUACGAGACUAAAGCAGAAAGGUGUUUUGUAAUAUUUUCCACACGAACAUUUUUGUCCUGUUGUGCAUCUAUUGUUUGGUUCACGCUUAAAUUUCCCAUUGGAAUCCGAUACUGAAAGUUGUCCUAGUGUAGUGUUUAUUGUCAACUGGAUGACAUUGUUUACCUUUUUUUUUCUUCUUUUUUUUUUAAUAUUUAUUUGAGCCAAAUUCUGAGGAAAUGUCCACAUAUAUCCAAAUCCUUGAGCAUUUCUCUCUACCUUCUCUUUUUUAUAUUCCAUUUUUUUUGUUUAUUUGUUGUUUAAUAUGAAAUUGGAAUUUGUGUAAUAUAUUGCUCCUAAAUUAUAAAAAAAACAAAACUUUUAAUGUUAUUAUUUUUUGUUUUCAAAUGUAGCUUUGAUGCACUAAAACUUUUAUUCCUUACGAACCACGCCCGACAUUAUCUCUGCCAAUGGGAUUAGAUUCCUGAUCUUUGAAACAAUUUCCCAAUUGUCUCCUUGCGCAACAUAAGCCAUUGUUUUAAAUUUUGCACUAUGUUUAGACAUUUUAUUUCUCUUUACCGUUCAUGCAGUCGCAAACAAACGACAUCUGUUUCCCUCGGUAAAACACAAAACAGAACAAAACGUCGCAUUUUCGUGUCCAUAUAGCUGCUCCACUCGAUGAAAGUGUCCUCGUUACAAACGAAACCAUAACAACUUAAUUAGUGAUCACAUGAUUUCAUGCACGCACCCACACGCACACAGACACACACAGACACACAUAGACACACACAUUCCUGCACCACAGUUGUGAAAGUGCACAUUCCCACUAUCCCAAGGGCUUUUCCCAUGCUGUAACACAUACGAUCCCUUCUAUCUCUAGAGGAGGAAGAGUGCGUGGAUGAAGGGAUAGAGGGAGGAGGCGGGGAAAGAGUGGUAUCUUCUUACUAACACCAAGGGCAAUCAUGCAAAAGCCAGGCCCUUGUCGUGCACGGGCCCCUUUGUUCUGUGCAAGCAGUCUGUCCUUUGAAGCCUUUAUGGUCCUGAUUUCUGUCUUUUCUGUUGUAAUUUACUGAUCAUUAGUGCCAAGGGCUCAUGGCUCUGCCAACGAUUGAUAUGUCUGCACAGAACAUCUUUUUAUGAGCCAUGCUGAGCCACUUAUGGCAUGUAUCAGGUAUCUCACGUCUACUAAGGGAGUCUUCCAUGCGAGGGAAGGGGAGCAGCAUCACUGCCUCUGAAAGAUGAGCACGUUGCUGGCGAAAAACUAAAUACCCAUUUCGAAUUGCAACGUAAAUGCAGAUGAGGGAGGCUAAAAAAAAACAAAAAAAAGCUAGCAAUUUUUUUUCUUUUUGCUCAGGAACAACAGAAAAAGUUAUGCAAAGCCUAUUGCGGACCCCACAUGUAGACCCUCUGCCUUAUUUGCCUUUUUGACAAUCGGUGACAAUGAAAACUCAUUCCUAUCUUCCUUUGAGUUGGAGGAAAAAGCUUUGCAUGUCAUGCAGCUCACUUCCUCUAAAAGGCCUUACUUUUUAUGGGCAACCCUCAUGCAGCUAGAGAAACCAUUUGUUUGGGUUCCAUCGAAAUACCAAAGAAAUUCAUGACCGCCUGUGAGAUUGUAAGGACCCCCGAUGACAGGGAUGAUUUGUGGUACAUGGUUGAUGCCUCGACUGGUCUCUGAUAUUGCUCUGUAUACAUGAGAUUGUAUCUGGCUAGAUCUGUCGAAGGGCUGCAGAGACAGAGAGGCCAAAUUGCAUUGUAUUUCAUUGUAUACUGGAUAAAAGAGCACAAUGCUGUUGUUUUCUUGUUUCGACGUUUCUUUUUAAAAGAACCUUUUCAUCUUGGUAUUCCGUACUCUUAAUUCACCUUGCUCUCUUUAUUUUCCUUUAUGCUCCAAGCAUGUGUCUGAAACUGAUAUGUUAAUUUAAGAAUCUCAUCCGUGUAUGUAAUAUCCUUAAAGACUCCGUAUUAAGAGCUUGUAAAGUGUGCGGAUAAUGUAGUUUUUAAUCAUUUUAAUUAAAAAAAGACCUAUCUCA